CGAGUCUUCUCACAAAGUGCAGUGUGAGACCGGCAUUCAGUGUGGUUGUACUGGUAGUGGUAGUGUGUGUGUGCAGUUGUUUUCUGUCGUGUCUUCAUAUUUAUUCCAAAACGCAUCGUAUACGGAUUACUGUGUCUGAACCCAUGACUUGUGCGGAAAGGACGAUGGCAGCGAUGACUAUGGAUUUAACAGCGCAUCUUAAUUCGGCAAAUUGUGUUACGGCUGAUUUACAAAUACCAAUGGGCCCAGAAUUUGAUGAAACAUUUCACAUUAGUUCGGUGGAUUUAUUCAGUCUAAUUGAAGAAGAUCAUGAGGCCUUUAAGGCAUCUCAUUCGCAUCCGUGGGAGGAAAUUCGGAAUUCUGAUGAGGAUGAUUCGUGUAAACCCGAUGUCAAGGAAUUUGCAGCACCCUUCUACACGAGUGGACGAGUUGAUAUGGGACAAUAUCUUACUAAACCUCAAUUUGGAUUAGGACAAUUUUGUUUCGUAUAUGAUGAUCCAUUGUAUCUACCAGAACCACACUCUAUUAUGGUAAAUCCUAGAGAUUGCACAUUGACUGAUCCAUUUCUCCAUCCAAAUUCUUCUCAAAAAUUAAUGCCAACAGAGCCACAAGUAUUGCCAAAGCCUUACCAUCCCUCUCAGGAUCAUGAUUAUUUCUCUAUGAAAGAAGAUGAAGUGAAAAAUGACACGGAGAAACCUGAAUCUUUCUGUGAAGAAGACCCAGAUGUUGAGGUAUGGGAAAUAGAAAAUUUUCUUGACUCACAAGCUCUCCCAGCUCCUGUUCCAGAACAGUUACCUGUAUAUCGACCAUUUAGGAAAGAAACCAGACGUUCAUCUGCAAGAACUGCUGAAAUAAGGCGAAGAGAACAGGCACGUAAAAUUUCAAAUGCUGUACAUGCCGUAUUAAAAACUGGCAGGGUUCGAAGUACUAGGCAGUUUAAAAAUAUAAAGCCAAAGAAUAGUGUUGAGACGACGCCAUCUCAGUCUGACAUAGAAGAAUUUUAUAGUCAACCAGUGAGACAGACAUACUCAAGAACAACAAAGAAAAAAACAUGCAAAGGAAGAAUAGAUCACAGUGAAAGUGAACGUCACCGCAGAGAAGUAUUGCGAAGAAAUUUUUCCUCUUUAUGUGAUUUGAUACCUAAUGAGUACCUUAGAGGUGAUAAAGUAUCUUCCCAGAUAUCUAAGCAAAAGAUUCUGAAUGGUGCUAAAAGUUACAUUACAGCUGUACAUUCUGCUAAAAGUUCCUACAAAACUCAAUACCAUCAAAACAGUUUACUUCGAGAACGAUGGCAAAAAGUCCAAGCGAAACUACUAAAAUCUUUAAAGAGGCAGAAAUGAUUUUCAAAACUCCUUUUCCAUUUGUCUAUAUUCAUUAUUUGCCAUGCUGUAAUAUAAUGCAUAUUCAUGUUCUCAGUUUUUAAUUUUUUUUUAUUAAUAAACGUAAGUCAAUUUUA